ACCAAAGGCUAAGUCUUGAAAACAUGAUUCCUGCAACUGUUCACACUGUCCUGAGUGCUCUGUAUUUAUGCUGCCACAGAAAGAACUGGUUACACUCGGAGGAGAAACACAAGAAACACUAAGGACUGAAAUGCGCUUGCAGCUAAAGUAUCCUCAUCAUGAAUAGGUACACAACUAUCAGACAGCUUGGUGAUGGGACCUACGGCUCUGUCCUCCUAGGGAGAAGCAUUGAAUCUGGAGAGCUAAUAGCCAUUAAAAAAAUGAAGAGAAAGUUUUAUUCCUGGGAGGAAUGCAUGAACCUUCGAGAGGUUAAGUCUUUGAAGAAAUUAAACCAUGCCAAUGUAGUAAAGCUGAAAGAAGUUAUCAGGGAAAACGAUCAUCUGUAUUUUGUGUUUGAAUACAUGAAGGAAAAUCUCUAUCAGUUAAUGAAAGAAAGAAACAAACUGUUUCCUGAGUCUACAGUUAGGAAUAUUAUGUAUCAGAUCCUGCAAGGGCUUGCAUUUAUCCAUAAGCAUGGGUUCUUUCACAGAGACUUGAAACCCGAAAACCUGCUUUGCAUGGGACCAGAACUUGUGAAAAUAGCAGACUUUGGCUUAGCCCGAGAAAUCCGAUCUAGGCCUCCUUACACCGACUAUGUAUCCACAAGAUGGUACAGGGCUCCUGAAGUCCUUCUGAGAUCCACCAGCUAUAGUUCUCCAAUAGAUAUUUGGGCUGUUGGUUGUAUAAUGGCAGAAGUUUACACACUGAGGCCUCUCUUCCCAGGCGCCAGUGAAAUUGAUACUAUAUUCAAAAUUUGCCAAGUCUUGGGGACGCCAAAGAAGAACGACUGGCCUGAAGGCUACCAACUUUCAGCUUCCAUGAAUUUUCGCUGGCCUCAGUGUGUACCUAACAACCUAAAAACCCUCAUACCUAAUGCUAGCAGUGAAGCGGUGCAGCUCAUGAGAGAUAUGCUGCAGUGGGACCCCAAAAAGCGGCCAACAGCUAGUCAGGCACUUCGAUAUCCGUACUUCCAGGUUGGGCAUGCCCUGGGCGUUCAGGAACUGGGGAGACAAAAGGAACUGCAUAAUAAAUCAUCUCUGCAUAUUAAGCCUGUCCCUCCAGCACAACCCCCUCCAAAACCUCACACCCGCAUUUCGUCAAGGCCUUUUCAACAAAGCCAGUCUUCCCAGCAUUUGGUGUACCCAUAUAAGACAGACAACUCUGGGGCUGAGCACAGUAACUACUUACAGGAGGACAAGUCUAACCAGGUUCUUCUGCCUGCAAUUCACAAUAAGGUUCCUCAGCAGAAAGCAUCUGCUGGGACUGAGAAUAUAAAUGGUGAACUUAAACCAAAAACUAGACGAAGAUGGGGACAUCUUGCUAGAACAGUGAAGAGUUCUGAAGACUGGGAUGACUUGGAAGACCUUGAUUUCAGCUCUUCCAUCACGAAGAUGGACUUGAAAAAUAAGAAGAGGCAGAGCAAUGAAACUCUGUGUAGAUUUGAAAGCAUUUUGGACCUGAAGCCUUCGGAUGCUGUAGGGUCUGGCAGCAGUGCACCUUCCCAUGCGACCUUUCCACAGCAGGACACUCCCACAUUGCGAGUUUCUGCAGCAAAGCAACACUACUUGAGACAUUCUAGGUAUCUACCUGGAAUAAGCACAAGGAAUAACAUAGUCUCCACUUCAAACAAAGAGUCUGUUCCGUCUAAUCCUUGGCCCAGUUCUGGUUUGCCCGGGAAAGCUUCUGGUUUGGGAGGAAGUGUUAGCAGGAUGAAUUCAGGGCCCGUAGGAUCAAGCGGUCUAACUAGUGGUUAUAUCCCUUCAUUUCUGAAGAAGGAAGUAGGCUCUGCUGGGCAGAGGGUUCAGUUAGCACCAGUUGUGGAUCCAUCUUCUAAUUAUGCUUCUCUGAAGUCAGCGAGACCCCAUCUUGGACGGCCAUUGUUCAAUUCGCCUACGAAAAGCACACCAAGGUUAAUGCCUCUCCCACCACCAGCUCAGCCAAUCCACGGCCGUGUUGACUGGUCUGCAAAGUAUGGUGCUCACCGGUGAUGUGUGGAAAUACUCUCAGAACCAGUGCGUGUUUCCCAUGAAAUGGUGGCUAACACGAGACAAUUUGAUACUGUUUUGUAUACCUGUAAAUUUAAAAGAAACAGAUCUUCUAUGAGCGAGACAUUUUUUGAAGUUUUUUUUUUUUACUUUUAUUUGUAUUAAUUUGAAUGCAAUCUUGUACCUUUUU